GCGGGCGGGAGGCUCAGAGUCGUCGCGCGCUCUUAGGCGUGUCAAAUCGCGAGCAUCUUCACGCAUUAGCUUCAUGGUUUCACCUCUCGGUAGGCUACAACAACUACAGGAGAGAGAAAGGAGAAGGGAUUCUAGGACUGUCGUCAAAGUUUGCUUUGGGUCUUCAAACCCGUGAACGGCGCUCUGUGUUCAGCCAGUAUCAGCGAGCGGACCAGGUAGAUGCUGUCAUGCCAUUUGGGUGCCUUGCCCUCCGAGAUGGAAGGACGUACCACAGCCUGUCAGACAUCACUGAUAAAUAUGAGAUUGGGCAGGUUCUAAAGGCGAAGGAGUUUUGCGAGCUGUGCCUGGUUAAGGAACGACAGACAGACAAGGUCUAUGUGUGCAAGAAAUUCCUCAAGAAAGAUGGCAAAAAAGUGCGGAAGGCUGCCAAGAAUGAGAUCAUGAUCCUGAAAAUGGUCAACCACCCAAACAUUCUGAAGCUGAUAGACGCAUUUGAGACCAGGAAAGAGUUUUACAUCAUCCAAGAGCUGGCCACAGGUGGGGAUGUGUUUGAUUGGAUCCUGGAUCAAGGGAACUACACAGAGAGAGAUGCUGCCAACGUAAUCCGCCAGGUCCUAGAGGCAGUGGCUUACCUCCACUCUCUUAACAUCGUUCACAGGAACCUGAAGCUGGAGAAUUUGAUGUACUACACAGAGAAUAACCACAACAAAGUAGUCCUUCGUGAUUUCUAUCUCUCCCGGUUUGAGAACGGCUCCAUCACCGAACCCUGUGGAACACCAGAGUAUCUGGCCCCAGAGGUGGUGGCUCGACAUCGGUAUGGAAGGCCAGUGGAUUGCUGGGCCAUUGGGGUCAUCAUGUACAUGCUGCUGUCAGGAAAUCCUCCCUUCUACGAUGAGACCGAAGAGGAGAACACAGACAUGCACAAUCGUAUUAUCUUCUGCCGGAUUGUUGCCGGAGACUACGAGUUUGACUCUCCGUACUGGGAUGACAUAUCACCCGCAGCUAAAGAGUUGGUGUGUAGGCUGAUGGAGGUUGACCAGAUGCUACGAAUUACAGCACAAGAUGCUCUGUUUCAUGAGUGGAUCGCUGGAAACGGAGCCUCCGAAAAAAACCUGAAGGAUGGAGUGUGUGCACAGUUUGAGAAGAACUUUGCGAAAGCCAAGUGGAGGAAAGCAAUUAGAGUCACUACAUUCAUGCAGCGCCUUCGUGCCUCAGAGAUGGGCUCUACAGAAGCGGCAAAAGAAGGACAUAGGGGUGUCCAGGCUGAUGGAGGAGGAAGUGAUGGAGUCCCCACAGACUCGGGGGGAGGUUCAUCUGUGAGCAUGUCCAAUGAGGUGAUGGUGGAAAACACACUAACUGAGGCUCAAGAGGGAAAAUUGCAAGAGGAGAAAGAGACGGUGGUUACAACCUCCCUCUCAGAAUUGUCAAAGUCACUCGCACAAACCGACUCCUCAACCCAGACGCAAGGGGAGGAGCAGGACAAGGAGGUUGAGAAGAAAGCAACCAUAGAUGACUCUCACAAAAUGGCAGCAGUUUUGGGCCAGGAAAAACCAAUGGCAUGCCAGGAACCCACCUCCAUUAUAUACACAAAGUCCUCUGACUGCCAAAGAAACAAAUUUACCACCGAGAAAGACACUACAGACAAGAAAAGUACACCUGAUACCCCAAACCGCCGCAGAAUGGCUGCUAAUUUGUCUCUGGAUCAUGGGUUAGGGCACGCUCCCAAGACCAGCAGUCCAGCUUUGGUUGAGAAAGAGCAGACAGCAGCAAAUGAGGAGAAGGCAGAGACAGCAGGUAAGCAGGAAAAAUCCCCUGGUAGCUGGUGUCAGACCCAGCUUCCAGAGACAGUAGCGGAGGGGCAGAUAGGUGCUGGGACGAUAGGAGAGAGUAGUCCUGGCAGUAGAGAGAAGGAAGGAAGCAGCAGAGAUAAGCCAGGUAGGCAUACGCACAGUUUGUACGCUAGUAAAGAAUCUUCGAGUCUGGGCUGUAAGAAGACUGUGUACGUGCAAGAACAGAGAGAUACAAGCCUUGGUGCUGCUUGUAGGAAUACAUAUUGUGCUCCUUACUCUGUUAGCGGCGGGGCAGCAUACAAUGAUCUACAAGGAGGGGAUGCCAGCUCUGACUGGCAAAUGGACAGCGUGAUCGAACAGAUCGAAAAGCAAAUGGCGGCUGUACUCGAGAAGAUCGAAGGUGACAUGCCCUCCCUACUGGAGCAAAUCAGGGACUGUCCGGAGAGUUUGCCAAAAGCAAAAAGUGUCCACUCUUCCCCUUCAGUUCAUCAUCGCUCCUACCAAGAUCGUUCUACUCCUCCACCUCUACCUACCACCCCAAGGCCACCCAUGCCCUCUUUACCACACCUCACUAUUCCCCCACCCUCUUACCCACCUCCAAACCCACCCACUCAAACCCAAACUCCCAACCAGCUGGCCACUGAGCAGGGCGAUAGAGAUGGACAAAGGGGUGCUGCGAGACUGACCCAGUCCCCGAGAGGAGGCGUGUCCGGCAGAGGCUUAUGAAGCUUACGUGAGCAAAAAUAAAUUGUAAAAGGAGCUAAGAACAAAUCUUAGAAGGAGCCAUGGAUGUCAAAGCAGCAGCUUUGAAGCCGUACAAAGAUUUGUAAAAUCUAAAUUAUAGAGUAGCUUCGCUCCUCUUUGCUUUUAGUCAAGAAGAGUCCUGAGCAGCUGUGUUUGUGCUGAAGAUGGUUUCUAGCAGAAAAGCACAAUUACACGUUCGAGGCUUUGGGGACUGUUAUGAACACAAAAUUAUAGUGUAACAUCCCCAUAUGUGCGUUUUCAGACUUAGCUUAUGUACACCACAUAACAAAGGAACGUGAGAUGAGACUAGUGCUUGAAAUUACCUGUAAAUACGUGUAUGUGGCAUUACAGUAUUAUAAAGAGCGCUCAUAUUUUCCAUGAGUAAUUUCAUAACCAUAAUCCGGUAGUCUACGUCUAAGCAGUCAGAAGAAGGAGUGUUUAGCUUGUGCACAUGACACUCUUUUAGACAUGUACAGUGUAGAAUAAAGUUCAGCCUAAAAGAAAACACAGGUAUAUAUUCUUCUUAUUGGUAAUGGUCAUUGUAUAUACCAGUUACUUUAGCGAUCAUAGUCGGGAUCGUACACCGCUGCCGUCAGCUGCCGUUCAUGCACACAGCAUUCUCAUUGGAAUACAGCACACUGGGGGCAACAGCCUGGGAAGAAUACUAUUUUGUAGAACUAGUUUCAAGAAUAUAUAUUUGCAAUAUCACCUGAAAAGGCUAUGUUUGUUUAUUCUUAUUCUGUAUAGUUCAUCCUGUACAUACUGUUUCUGCAUGUCUUUCUAAUCUAAGUUUGUCCUAAUUGAUAGUAACUUAGUGAGACUAACCAGGUAUUUCUCUUCUCAGCUGGUUGGUGGUGAUUCUUCCUCAUCAUACAUGUUUGGAAAAUAUUUUCUUUCCCUUUUUUUGUUAUUACACAUAUUACCAAGGUUAAUCCAAUGUAUAGUUAUUUAAAACUUCUUUCAAAAAAAUUUUGAACAUUUCCAAACAGCCUUAAGUCUGUGCUCUGUUUCCUCUUUUCAACUAUUUUGUCAUAGUGAUGUGAAUAUUCUUCCAAAGUACUUUUGCACUCUCUCUGCAAAGAUUUCAAUAAAAUCUAGAUGGUAUC